AUGAACUGCGCUGGAUGUGGAAUACAUUUUUCGGACAAUAAUUACUUGAAAUGUAACGCCUGUACUUCUUUAUAUUGCCUUGCGUGUCUGAAUAUAAAUGAAAAUUCAAUAAAUGAGGUAAAUAGCAAGCAACUGGAGAAAUUAAAGUGCCCGUCCUGUAGUAACGUUACUAAACGCAAAAAUGACGACUGCUCUCCUGCUCGCCCCAGGCGUGUAACGGGAACGUUGAAGCCGGCUACUUUGAUUAAUGAUAAUUCAUCCUCAUCUACGACUCCUGUUCACCAGGAGAAUAAUAAUUUAAUCUUGGAAGAAAUCCGACAGCUAAGAAACGAUAUGAAUUUGCGAUUUGAAGCACAGCAAGCAAAUUUCGAGAAAUCAAAUGCCAUUUUAUCCAAAUUGAAAAAUGAAGUUAAUGAUCUCGGCAACAGUAUAUCCUCCAUUCGUUCUGAUUUGGAUGGUGCAAUCGGAUCUUUAGAAUUUUUAUCGAAAUGUCAUGAUAAUCAGAUCAAAAUUAAUAAUGAAACUAAGUCUACGAUAAGUGAGUUAGCUAAGGAUAAUGCGUCUCUUCGUUCUCAAAUGGGAGAUUUAACUAUCAAGUUAACUUUUAUCGAACAACAAGCGAGAGAUUGCAAUAUUGAAAUACAAUGUGUUCCUGAGUUUAAAAACGAGAAUUUGUUAACAUGUUUCAAACAACUUAUAAAAACGAUAUCCUUAGAUGUACCUGAUGCUGGCAUUUUAUCUCUUCAUAGAGUUGCUAAGUCCAACGUGGACUCUAAGCGCCCAAGAAAUAUAAUUGUCAAGCUCUCGAACCCUCGGGUUCGUGAUGGUGUUCUGGCUGCUGUUAAGGACUUCAACAGGCGUAAUCAGCGUAACAAGCUCAAUGCCACACAUCUUGGAAUAGCCUCAGAAAAAGUACCGAUUAUUGUAACUGAACACCUAUCACCGUGCUUGUAUUCACUAAUAAAAACAAUAAUGUCACGAAAACGAGCUCAAUAUUUAGUGCAGUUAAGUAAAAACAAAGAUUGCGAACUGAUUACUUCUGACAUAAUUAGUGAAAUACCAAAUUGGAAUGACGAGAGAAGGUCAUCCCCAUUACCGAAAGAAACUGAAACACCUGAAUUCAGAGCUUUGUUACAUCAUAUAUUCGAUGAAACUUCAAAAAAUGAAUGUGAUUAUAGCUAUACAACUGGUAAGGGCAAUGAUUUGACAACCUGUCAUUUAAUGAAAGACAAAGAUAUUAACUUGAACGUCACGGGCCUCCCAAGUACUCCAAUAGUAGAUUCGCCUCAAGCUGUUGAUAUCAUUAAACCAUCUUCAAUGGUUAUGACUCCACUAUCAGUAGAACCUUUGUUUUCUAUAAGUUCUACCGAUUGUCAACAUUUUUAUGAUGAAGAGGGUACUCCAGUUCCAUCACCUUAUUGUGAUUUUCAAGAUACGAGUAGUUUAGUAUAUUCUGACGAAACUUUAGUACCUGUUUCUCACGAAGAUACAAGUAUACUACCAACAGGACACAAUAUUGCAUCCACUCAAAAUAUUUUUUCUGAUUCACCAGUAGAUAGUUCUUAUUCUAAUAGAUACGGUAUAACAAGCCCUUCACCUAUAGAAUCCCUCCAGUCUUCCGCUGUUUUUUCACCUACAACAAUGAACGAAAGUGACUAUACUGAUAUAUCAACGCCAAAAAAUGAAGAGAUGCGGGCUGAUCUUUUUUCCCAAUUUUGGGGCACUGGUAGCCACGUUAAACAAUGGCAAAUCAUAUCAAAAUACGUUAUACAAAAAAACAAAAAGACAGCCACUAAUCUAGAUGAAUCUAGUCGUCGUUCACAUACUUUUCAUUAUCAUCUUCCUUUGUACAAUCCUGCUACUAAAACGAAUACUUUACAAAAAGUAUGCAAAACGAUGUUCUUGAAUACUUUUAAUAUAAGUAAAGACUUCGCUUACACUGCCUUACGCAAAAACCAGGAUUGUAAUGAUUUUACCGAUAUAACUGAUGAUAGAGGUCGUCAUAAACAUCAUGCCACCUCAAUUACAAUAGAAAUGAAACAGGGAGUCAUAGAUCACGUAAAUUCUUUUGUACCAAUCGAAUCACAUUACGUCAGAAAAUGUACAAACAAAAAAUAUUUGGAUCCUUCUCUAUCGUUUUCAAAAAUGUUUAAAUUGUAUUUAGAUUGGUGUUGCGAGAAUAAUUAUAGUAAUAAAGUAAAGACAGUAAGACAAUAUAGGGAUAUAGUUAAUGCUAACUUGAAGAUAGGAUUUUAUUUACCAAAAAAAGAUCAAUGCGACGUCUGUCAUCAGUUUAAGAAUACACCUAACCCUUCAGAUGAAAUAAAAGACAAUUUUAAUAAGCACCAAACUGAAAAAGAAAUUUCACGCAAAUUAAAAUUAGAGUCUAAAAUGUUUGCCAUAUCUAAUAACAAAAUAGCAUGUUCUAUAGUGUUUGAUUUUCAGAAGGUACUGAACUCUCCCCAUGGUAAUAUCAGCGUUUACUAUUAUAGGCGCAAGCUUAAUGUAUAUAAUUUAACGUUAUUUGACAUGGCUUCAAAAGAAGCUUUCUGCUAUAUGUGGGACGAAACAAUAGCCAAAAGAGGUGCUAAUGAAGUAGCCAGUUGUUUAUACAAUUUUAUUUCAAAACUAGUUUCUAAAGGGAUUUCUGAAUUUCAUCUAUGGUCAGACAACUGUGGCGGACAAAACCGCAAUCGCAUCGUUUAUUACAUGUACUUAUUAGCCUCUCAAAAUUUUAAUAUCAAGAUCUGCCAUCGUUUUAUGGAAAAGGGUCAUACACAAAACGAAGGAGAUUCUGAAGUAUACUCACCGGAUGAAUGGUACUCACUCGUUAGAUGGGCAAAAGUAAAUGAUAAACCUUAUAAUGUGAUUGAGGUCAACCAAGAAAUGAUUUUAGAUUUUAAGGCACAGAUUGUUUCUAAUAAAAACUGGACUAAAAACUUUAAUAAAGAAAAAGUGUCUUGA